CCCCUGCAAUAGGAUCCCUCGAGAUUUACGUGAGUUUUCAGCUUAUUAGACUUAGAUUUCAUUAGGGUCUUCAAUUACUUUUUUGGGUUUCUGCAACUGGUUCGUAUAAAGGCUUGAUAUUAGCUGUAAUCAUUUAAUUUGGACUGGGAAGAGAAGCUGGAUUACUUUUAUCAAAUUUGGCUGGAAUUCUGAAGAGUAGAAACUGUGGAAUUAAUUGGUCUGAUGGGUUUUACUUUUAUCAUUACUUUUUGUACUGGUUAGCACGUGUGAAGAACUCAACAUGCCUGCUGAUAUUGAAGAGUUUCAUGGAGGCCAUUCAUGGGAUUUGGAUUGGGAGAAGAAUGAGGAUAGUUUUGUCUAAGUAUUGGAGUGUGAUUCUACAGAAGGGUUUCGGUCAUAUAGGCUGUUUAGUCUCGUAGAAGUCAUUAAAAUCUUUCAUUCAUUCUUGUAGAAUUGAUCUGUAAUCAUAUCUGAUAUAACAGCUUGCGAAGGUUUUGUAAUAUUUAUGGUAGAGUGCUCUGUUUAGAGCAGCAGAUGCCUUAGGCCAUUCAAGGCUAUGGCUCCACCUGGAAAACAGAAUGCCCUGGCUGUUGUUGCAGUAGAUUCUACAGAAGCAGGUUUAAGGGCCAGGCUGAGACAGCAGAUACAAGCUGCUGUACAAAGCAUUCAGUGGACAUAUUCUGUUUUCUGGCAAUUCUCUUCCCAACCAGGAUUGCUUGAAUGGGCGGAUGGAUUUUACAAUGGAGCCAUAAAGACAAGAAAGACAGUACAACCCAUGGAACUGAGCAAUGAAGAACUGUGUGCCCAAAGGAGCUUACAAUUAAGAGAGCUCUUCGAAUCUCUCUCUGCAGGAGAAAGCAACCCACCAGCCCGUAGGCCAUGUGCUGCAUUAUCUCCUGAAGAUCUUACAGAGUCCGAAUGGUUUUAUUUAAUGUGCAUGUCAUUCACCUUUACACCGGGAGUCGGAUUACCAGGGCGAGCACUUGCUAAACGUCAUCAUGUCUGGCUCUGUGAAGCUCACGAAGCAGAUAGUAAAUUCUUUUCUCGAGCCAUUCUUGCCAAGAGUGCCCGAAUUCAGACUGUUGUAUGCAUUCCACUCAUGGAUGGCGUUCUGGAGAUCGGUUCAACAGAUCUGAUCCGGGAAGAUUUGGGACUGGUACAGCAUGUAAAAAGCCUUCUUGUAGAUCAUUCAAAACCAGUGUGUUCUGAGCAAUCCACUUCAAAUCCUCAAACUUCAGGGAACCCAACUCGAAUCAACUCUGAUGACCAGCUCAGCGUUCAGCCUCCUGCAGGGAUUGUGUUUGAAGAACAGAAUGCCAGAGCUAAGGAGUUUCCGGAGAGCUCAUAUGAAAAUCCUCAUAUUUCUAUGCAGGUAUCUGGAAUACAGAGUGAGAAAACAGGUACAGAAUUAGGGCAACAUGGGGGUGAAAUAAUGGAGUUGGAUAUGUCACCAGAGGAUUGUUCAAAUGAUAAUGAUAUUGGCUCUGAAGCUCAGCUUAUUUGUGGAAAUGAGUCCAUUCAUCCCAAGGGUUCAGUUCAGGGUUGGUCAGACCUCUGCCAUGGCCUCCAGUCACCAGGGCUUCAGCAAGAGGAAGCAAAUGAAGAAGACAGCACCCAUUAUUCUAGAACAGUGUCAAUUAUACUCCAACAGAAGCAACAGCCACAGAGCCAAUGGACAGAGUCAUCAACAUUGCACAAUAACUAUAAUCCUGAGCAAUGUGCAUUCUCAACCUGGACACCCAAUGCUGGGUUUCUGCUUCAGCAAAAGUCCAAUCCAAAUCCACAGUGGAUGCUCAAAUACAUAUUAUUCACAGUGACUAGCUUACAUAGCAAAGACAAGGAUAAUGAAGGAUCCCCAAGAGGAAUCAGAGAAGGAGAUAACAGUGGCAGCAGGCUUCGCAAGAAUGGUCAGGAUGAACUCACUGUAAAUCAUGUACUUGCAGAGCGUAGAAGAAGGGAGAAACUUAAUGAAAAGUUCAUUAUUCUCAGGACUCUGGUCCCAUUUGUCACUAAGAUGGACAAGGCCUCUAUUUUGGGGGAUGCCAUAGAAUAUGUAAAGCAGCUGAAAAGGAGGAUACAAGAAUUAGAAGUUCGUUCAAAACAAAUGGAUGCAGAGCUCAAAGGAAAAAACACCAUUCCUGCUCCAGAUUUGGCUCGUAAACAGUUAACCAACAAAUCACAGGAAAAACUAACCAGACAAACCAGUAGUGUGGGAAAUCAUAAUCAGGUUAUAGACCCAGAGCUAGUUAGCAGCUGCAGAAAUUUCAGUGACACUGAUAGAUCCAAAGCAUCCAGAUUUGAAAAGAGAAAAAUCAGAGUGCUUGAAGGAUCUGAACCCCUAAAGAUUGUGGAAGGGUGUGGAACUGAUGUGCAGGUUUCUAUAAUUGAGAGAGAAGCCCUGGUUGAGUUACAGUGCCCUUGGAGGGACAGUUUAUUGCUUGAAUUAUUGCAGACACUCAGCUCUCUGUAUUUGGAAGCCUACUCUGUACAGUCAUCUAUGGUUGAUGGAAUAUUUGUAGCAAAAGUUAGAGCUAAGGUUAAAGAAGUAGCCAUUGGAGUCAGACCCACAAUUAUUGAAGUAAAGACUGCCAUUCAGUCAUGCAUUCCAAUUCCAAGUUGAAGCCUUCUUUGUAACAUAUACUGAAAUCCAGGUCCUGUGUUAUAGUAAAACACAGAAUGUAUGUUAAGAAUCAUGGUGUUAGAAGGAGAUAUAAAAUACGCUGGCUGAGGUGGGUGUUGGCUCAUGAAGUUGUAUGUCAUGCAGGUUGCUUAAUUUUACUUUUUCCUUUUUCUAACUUGGAAAUCAACCAUAAAUAAAAAUGAUCUUAAAAUAGCUA